AUGAGUAAUGACAUAGAAAUUAAUAUAUGCAAAAACAUUCCUUGGGCACAAUUGCCUUCUCAUCUGAAACAGUUGCUGAUUUCUCAAUCAGAAUAUGAAAAACAUAUACUUAACAUCAGUCUUAAAAAACAGUUGAGAUAUCGUGGUAAUUUAGUUCGGCAGGUGUUUCGAGAUGAAGAACAAUACUAUGAAUUUUUGGUUAGAUUUAGUAAUGAGUGCCUCAUGUUAUUCCCAUAUCACCUUGCUGAUAUAAUAGUGAAAGGAUUAAGAGUUACACCAUUUAAUUACUAUAUUGAUAUGCUAGAGGAAUUGAUGAAGCAGGAAAGGAGCUAUGAUACUUUACCAAACUUCACAGCUGCUGAUUGUUUACGAUUGAUUGGCGUUGGUCGCAAUGAAUAUAUUGAAUUAAUGAAUCAAAGUAGAGGCCUGAGAAGUAAACUGUUUAGAAAACCUCAACUGCUAAGCCUGCUGCCACGAUUACCAAUUGAUAUUCAUAUGGAACCAUGGUGGAGAUUAGAGUUAGGAUACGUUUUAGAGAAUGAUAUAAAAUAUGUUUCAGAAGCAGAAAAGAAUUUAAUAGAUAAACUUAUAGAUCAUGGAUCUCAAACAAUUGGCGAACUUGAUUAUAAAGUAGUCAGCAGCCUAUAUAAACGAGGGUUAGUGUAUUUAGAUGUACCAAUAACAGGGGCAGAUUAUGUGUCUGUCCCUCCAUUGCAAGGCUUUGUAAUGAAUCGACUUACCGGUGAUUAUUUUGAGUCGCUUCUAUAUAAAAUUUUUGUGUCAAUUGAUGAACAUACAUCUAUAUCUGAGUUGGCUACAGUACUACAGAUAGAACUAGAUUCGGUAAAGCAAGCUGUGUCUCUAUAUUGUAGACUUGGUUUUGCUUAUAAAAAGUUUGAUAAUUUUGAAUUGAGUUCUGAUAAAUUACAUCCAUCUUGGUUAAAUCGAACAAAUCCUAUAAAACCAAGUCCAGUUACACCCUUGACUUUUGAUUCUGCAUUAACACCUCCUACUUCUCCAGAUUGUAAUAUAAAACCAACAUUAAAUACAUCUCCGAAAACACCAGUUGAUUCAUGCAAUCGAUCUGGACCAAGAAUUGGAUUCUUAUUUGAUUCUGCAUUAACAGCUUUUUUAAUGAUGGGCAAUUUAUCACCAGGUUUAAAGAACCAUGCCGUGACCAUGUUUGAAGUGGGAAAACUAUGCGAUGAAAGCUUAGAUAGUUUUCUGGUUGAAUUAGAUAAGGUGUCUUUAUUGGACUCAGAUGGUGAGGGUGAUGCAUGUCGGUUCUUUGCUCAUGCAGUUCAUUUGCGUUCAACAAUUUUAAGGCUUAGAAGUCUUUCACCAUUUGGAAUGGACUUGCUUAGACAAGAAAGCUUACAAGCACUAGAUAGAGGAACUUGUGAAAGAUUACUCAAACGUAAAUAUAAAUUAUUGAUUUCAAUGGCUCCGCUUGGACGAGAAGGUGCAUUAGUGAGCCCUUUGGAACCACCGCAUUUGGGGCCACCUGCUCCAGAAGUAAAUUCAUUAUGGUUCAAGCUUUAUGUAUACCACAUGAGUGGGUAUGGUCCUCCAACCUUACUUUUGACAAAAGGUACUCGAUUAAAACAAAUGCCUCGUUUGUUUCUGGGAUAUUCUAAAUUGUUAGUUACAUCUUGGCUACAUGAACCAGCAGUUAUUUCUGCGACAUCACUUUUAUCUAUAAAUGAGUCACUAAAAUAUACACCGGUAAUUAUUCAAGCCUAUGGAACAUUUAAUGCCGCUACUACCAAAGUUAUUGCGUUUCCAUUUAAUGAAAUGAAAUCUGGUAAUAAUGAGAUAAGAUGGCAUCAACAUCCAGCAAUAAAACUAUUAUCUAAAUAUAUUGAUAUGGAAAGUACAUGCGGAUACAUCACUUUUGUAAAUACUGGAGUAAUUGAUAUUGGUUGUGAAGACCAUGAUCCAAAUGUUCGAUUAGGAAAAAACAUAGAUAAAAUAUCAGAUAUUAAAGGCACAUGUUCUGAAACUACUUUAUCAAAUGAUAACUUCAGUUUUGCAAAAAAAACAGUAGUAAAUGAAAUUGAGAGUGAGCUUUUACAGGAUAUGCCAACUGAUGAAAUAAAAGCGUCUGAUGUUUCAACUAUAGAUAAACUUCAGUCGCCUGAUGAAUCACACUUUUCAAUCACUCCUGUUAAAUCAUCACAUUCAGGAUAUUCGCCUUCAAACUGUUUUACGAGCUCAGAUUGCAAUGAAAUUUUACAAGAAGAGUUAGAUAAUUUGGAAAUAAACAGUCAAAUCAAAUGUGAGACUCAAACAUGCCAAAAUAUGUGUGAGACUGAAACGUCUCAAAAACAAGGCGGAACAGUUUUAACAGCAGAUGAACUUCUCAGUCCUGUAGAUGAAAACAUAUCUAUGUUUUCAAUAGUUGAUAAAAGUGAAUGUAAAGAAGAUAAUGCCCAAAUUAAUGAAGAAAUCGAUAUUGAUAAAUCAGAUGGCCAAAUUGUCAAUAAAGAACAGGAGUGGACAUUAUUGGAUUGUUGCUUUGGAAUACCAUUGUUUGAUGCUGACGCAAACACACAUAUCUGCGAUGCAAUAGUGCAACGACUGCAAUCUGAUGAAAAUCUUUCGAGAAUAGUUGGGGCAAAUAAAAGGCUUAGUGAUAAUUUAUUGGAUUUUAUAUCCCAAUGUCAGUACUAUCCAGGCGAGAAUAUGGGCAUCAUAAAGAGAGGUUUUUUAACUCCACUUCCAAAAAAAUGUUUAGCUUUUGAGAAUGGCAGAGUAAACAUAUGGUCAGGAAAAUAA